ACAGUUUGAGGCAAAGUCACACAUGUCAUAAGUUCCAAGGUGUGAAAUAAAAGGUUUCUUAGUCUAUGUUAGUAAAAGGAAAUACACUGCUGUUAGUAUUGUAAGUUACAAUGCAGAAUACAGUACAAGAAGGUAAGAUUUUUUUAGUUUAUGUCAUGGAUGUUGCACUGCAAGAAGGGCGUACCUAGAGACAUUGUUCUGGUAAUUCACAGUGUAUUGGGAGCGUCAGAGUGUGUAUGGCGUCAGGACGAGAAGUAAAAAUGGAAGCCUGGUGAAUAAACGUGGUUGUUCAAUCCACAGCAGUGUCCGAGUCACAUCAAUACAGUAUUACAGGGAGCGGCAACCCUGCGCUUGUUUGUUCGGGGGUGGGAAUCUCUGACUGGUGUCCUGGCCCAUGCAUUGCCCCGGGGAAGAGAAGAGGGUUUCCAGACUUGGCCCUGAGCGGAGGUCCCGCUCCUUGCUUGUCCAGGGUUUCCCUACUUGGCUCUGAACAAGGAAAGACCCGUCACGGGCGGAAAACAGCAGGGUCGGUCGCGGUCAGUGGGAGGGUUUCUUCGCCGAUCCGCCCCGACAGUCUACGUCUCUUAAGAAAACCCGGCAGCGGGGGACAGCCAAGCUGCAACAAUGGCCAUGGCCGAAGGAGAGGGCAGCAGCUCGGCCCUUGCCCGGGUGCGGGUGUCGGCUGACCGGCUGCUGUGUCCCAUCUGCCUGGAAGUGUUCCGACAGCCGGCCACCCUCCCGUGCGGCCACAGCUUCUGCCUGGCCUGCAUCGAGCGGCUGUGGGAGCAGCCAGCGGCCGGCGGGGGCUACAGCUGCCCUCACUGUCGCCAGAGCUUCAGUCCGAGGCCGGCGCUGCGGCCGAACCCGAUACUGGGCGGCAUCGCGGAGGAGCUGGUGGCCGAGGCCGAGGCUGAGGCUGACGAGGAGGGGGAGGCCGGAGCUGGAGUGGGGCCGGUGACACCCUGCGACGUGUGCCCGGCAGCCCGGCUGCCCGCCGCCCGCUCCUGCCUCCUCUGCCUGGCCUCGUAUUGCGAGCGGCACCUGCGGCCGCACCGUCUCAGCGCCGCCUUCCGCGACCACCCGCUGGCGCCGCCCGCCGCCGACGUGGGCCGCCGCAAGUGCGCGCCGCACCGCAAGCACCUGGAGCUCUUCUGCCGGACCGACCGCACUUUCAUCUGCGGCCUGUGCCUGGCCGCCGAGCACCGGGAACAUCAGGUGGUAUCGCUGGACCAGGAGGCCGACAGCCGGAGGAAGGAACUUCAGAAGACUGACUUGGAAAUGGGAAAACAGCUGCAGGAGACAUUGCUUGAGAUUGGAUCACUUCAGCAAAAUAUGGACUCUAUUGUGCGAACCUCUCAGAAAGUGGAAAUGGAGAUCACCAACCAUUUCUCUGCGAUGACAGAAUCCCUUGAUGAGACCCUGAGAGUGGUGAUUGCGAUAAUUGGGAGGGAGCAACAGGCAGCCUUGACGGAGGUCAAAGCCACCAGGGCCCAACUAGAACAGAAGUGUAUGGAGCUCCGAGAGAAGAAACUCCAGCUGGAAAUCUUGGCCAACAAGAGUGAUAACUUUAAGUUAGUGCAGGACUCCCUCUGCUUCAGCAAUGUUUCGCAGGUCCCCGACGUCCCACGGUUCAAGUCCGACUUUGAUUUCAAGCUGGCCCGUGCCAGCCGGGCUGCCGCCGAGCUCUCGUCGCAAGUAAAGGAGUGCCUGCGGAGAGCAAUGAAGCGCAGACUGAAGAGCACGGAGAGGAGAGGGUGUGACAAGAGUGCAGAAACAUCAGAUUUACCUUGCCACACCUCACUGGACUCUCCGGAACCCAAGAUUCGGAGGAGCUUUGAAGAGUGUAACACUCCCAUCACAAAGCAUUGCUGCUGUUUCUCCAAGGCAUGCCCACCAGGUCCUCUCCUCCAGACACUGUAGAUGCCACACAGCUGACUUCUGAUCGAGGAGGGAUGAGAAAGUGGGGCUUGUCUAUCUAAAGCCGUGGCACUAUCCAGAACAACUGUAGAGAUGUGACCACUGCUGGUGGACCAGGUGUUUGAAGAGUUUUAUUGGCAUGUGUGGAAUAUGACUGUGGUGAUUGGGAGCAGUGAAAGGGAACUGCAGAGGACUGAUAUGUCCUGUACUGUAAACUUACCAGUGUCCUAUCACCAGUCACAUUGGCCUUUUCAAUGGAAUGCAUCAUGACCAUUUGUAAUAAGAUCAAGGACUAGCUGGCCAAGCUUUUACAUGGGUUAUCCAGCUAGUAUCUAAUUACUUCUCCUUUAAAAGCCCACACCAUCCCAGACAGAGGAACCACCUUGACAGCAACCCAACCAGGACACUAAACAAUCACUCCCUCCACCACCAACGUCACUCUCUGCCAUCUCCAGAAUAGAAAACAACCACUCGCCUAGAUUAUUUAGAAACCACCUCCCAAACUCUGAGACCUGGAAAGUAUAUGGGAAACCACCACUUACAAAUUCCCCUCCAAGACAUAUCCAUCCUGACUUGAAAACUUCAUGAUCUUUCCUUGGCCAUUUUGUCACUUGGAGUCAUUUCACCAAUUUUCCAGACUGCACUCUUGGCAGAAUGGUCUUACUAUCCUGGAAAUGCUUAGGAUUAUUCAUCUAUUUUCCAAAAAAUGAAAAGAGGAGGUGCUCAUGAUUUCUGAAUUCACAAUUCACAAGCAUCUCUAAUGUGUCACAUGGAAUUCUUAUUUCAAUUUCAAUACCUUCAGUAUUAUGGUUUUACAUGUUUGACUUCCCUGCUGCUGCUUUAUCACAUAUGUAUCUUUUAAUACUUGCUGCCAGCUCCAUGGGUGAUCUCAGAGGAAACGAAAAGUCUAUUGUUGUAUUAAAUGCAUUUGCAGGCAUUCUCUAAAAUAACCUUUGCACUUUGUGAUCCAUUUAUACAUGAAACAUUUUUCUUUAUAUUAAAGGUGGUAACUAUAUAAUGGAAUAAGCUAUAAUCAGUAAAGUUUCUAUAUAUACAAU